UGGUUGCCCAGAAAAAAAAAACGCCGCACGGUACAGCUGAUGAGACCAUUAACAAGAUGUAUUGCACGUUUGUCCAUUUAUGGCAACCGGCGAAAAUGAUAAGCAUUUGCUGCAUCAACUCACGGUACAUGACACAGCUUAGUUUGUCAGUGUACUCCCACGAGAGCUAGAAUAAAAUCAACCUACCACUUCGAAGUACCGUUCAGUAGUCGGUCAUUCGUCAGCUGUAGAGGAAGGGUUGUCGCGUGUACGUCCUAGUGUUAUUUUCGUAUCUAGUCAUCAUCACCACCUGUUGACGCGCGUCGCGUGAUUCCGGUGUUAUCGAGUGCUUCAAAACUCAUUCAAGCAUGGCGUUCAACAAAGAUGAAAUGCACGCACCGACCUGGAUGGACCAGGCCUUUUUCGAGAGGGUCCUGAAACACUCGGAGAAAGACCCGGCGGUGACGGUUAGCGCGCUCAAGAUCGUUCCCGGGUCCAAUGCUGGGGAUCACUACGCCAGCAUCAUCUUCCGGGCGGCCGUCAGUUACCAGAGCCGUGGAAAAAGCCACGAAGCGUCCCUGAUUGUGAAAACCGUUCCGGCCGAGGAGGGCAUGAAGAAGGAAUUGCUGAAAAACGGCAUGCUGUUUGAGACGGAAACGUUGAUGUACAGUACGGUUCUACCGGAGAUGUACCGGCUGAUGAAGGCCGCCGGUGAUGAGACCGAACUGGGACCGAGGCUUCUUUACAGCACCAGUGAACCACACUGGGUGAUGGUAUUCAGUGACCUUUCCGUGCGUGGAUACACCGUCAAAUCUAGCCAGAUGGACUUGACGGAGGCCAAGAUGCUGUACGCCAAGUUGGGCCGUUGGCAUGCCGCUUCCACCUAUCUAGCUGACUCGAUGCCCGUACUGAAAACCCUGGACAAAGGACUUGGGACCAUGGACCUUCGAGAGUUCAAACCCAUGUGGACGAGUUUUAUCAUCACGCUUUCCAAAGUGUGUCAGACUUGGCCAGGCUUCGAAAGCUACGGAGACAAGCUGGAGCAAAUUAGUGAGGCCAUUUUCGACAAAUUGAGGAUUAUCUACACCCUGGACGAAACGACGCGGUACCACGUGCUAAACCACGGAGAUUUGCAUUCUAAAAAUUGCAUGUACAAAAUUGUGGAGGGAAAAACCGAAGAUAUCCUAUUGCUCGACUACCAAAUCUGCAUGUGGGGAACUCCGGCCAUCGACUUGAUCUACUCGAUGUAUAAUGCGGUCGACUAUGACACCAGAAACAGUCACCGCGAUGAGCUGAUCAAGUUCUACUACGAUGAAUAUGUGGCCGCGUUGAAUCGAUUUGGCUACCUGAAGAAAAUUCCAACCCUCGUAGAUCUACACGUUGAAAUCACGAAAUGUGGUCAUCUCGAAUCCUUCCUGAUUUGUACCUUCCUGCCCAUGAUGAUGGUGAUGAUGGAAGAAGGGGUGCCUCAGCCACCACCAAAUGCCGAGGAUGAAGGUUUCGAGUUUGACUUUGGCAAUGAGAGCAAAAUGACGGAGCUGAUCAAGCACAACUUGCGGAAUCCGAGGUGUGAAGAGGCUAUGAAGAAGUAUUUGCCCAUGCUGCUGUACAAGGGUUUGCUAGACGUUUGAGAACAAGUAUAUUUGUUGAAAUAAACUGUUGUUUUAGUGUUAGAUUACAA